AUGCGUGCAGUGAAGAGCGCUUUAGAGAGCACAUACAGCUUAUUCUCUCAUGAUCAAGACCUCGUGGAGUACCCUAGCGUCGACGAAGAGCACGCAGCAGUAUUCAACAGUAUGGUUUAUGAUCCAUUUAGACAAGGUCAGCAUUUCGUAUCCUUUGAUUCGCUAAACAAUGCAGGGCUUCCUGGUGUCGCUCUUAUCGAUGUCCUCUUGGGACGUGCGAACCUCAUUGACCCAGAGGCACGUCCAUUGACCAAAUGCCAAUUGCCUUGGUUCACUCUCAACGUCGGCGCAUGGGGCAUUGAGAUGCUUCCCAAUUCCUUCGACAUCGUGCGAUUCCCAGUUAGAUCUUACGAGGGGAACACAUUGCCCCUAUGGGCGCUCGCGCACGCGGCUGCCUGGGCCGUUUUGAACCACUUGUGGCGCUUCCGAUGCCUUGGUCCCGAUACUGAGAACAUCAACAAGCCCGCCCAGUUCCUCCGUGCCUUCGAUAUCCUACGCAAGAUCCGUAUUCUCGGUCUUCUUGACCUCGAUAACCUCGACGAGCCUGAUACGCGUGCCUUCAGGAUUCACUAUGAAAUUCUUUGA